AGCAAAUUAAUGGGCACCAGCGCAGAGAAAAUUGUUCUAGACUGACACCAUGGAUGAAGCUGCAGGAUGGUCUCCGAGUGGCUCCCAUGGAGCUCGGCAAUAGGAUGCAAGUGUGUGUCUCCAUCUGUUUGCUCCCACAGAUGACUUCCCAUCUUUGCUUACUCAUCCUGUCUGGCUUGGCAGUCUCAUCCCAGUUUGGUUUGGAGGAUGUUUUCUUCAGUCCGCAGGACCAGACAGUCAGAGAAGGAGAGGGAGUUUUCCUCCGGUGUGUAUCAGGGGAGAGUUCACCUCCUGCAAGCAUCACAUGGCUCAAAGAUGGAAAGGUGGUCACAAGAGGUAGACAGAUUCAGGGUGAAUAUGGAGGUGGGCACCAGAAGAAAACGUCAGGCACUCUUCAUCUUUUCAACGUAACAUUAGAAGAUGAAGGGGUUUACGUUUGUGUCACACACAAUCCUUCACUGAACAUCAGCAAGAAGAGCAGACAAGCCAGACUUACUGUGCAGGGGGUCCCUCGGAGGCUGCAGUUCAUCCAGGGCCCUGACAACAUCACUGUUGCUAUAGGAACUGAAGUCUCCAUGCACUGCAGUGUUCUCGGCUUCCCUGUUCCCAUGGUGCACUGGUUCAAAGACGGGUGCCUCCUGAUGAACUGCUCCGGCUCGUUCAGCCUCCAAAACAAUGGACAGCUGCUCACAUUCAGAAAUGUGAGCAAGGAGCAUGAGGGCUCAUAUCACUGUGAAGCAUCAAACCAGAAAGAGACAAUCAGGUCGCAGCCAGCCUUCCUACUUCCAGCUGAAAUGGACUGGAGUUUUGUGCAGCAGCCCACAAAUCUAACGGUGAAGAGCGGCAAAAAUGUUACGGUAACCUGUAGGCCUCCGUACAGCAGACCAGCAGCGCAGGUGUCCUGGUUUAAAAACAACCGGCUUCUCACUCCCACUGAAAAUGUAACAAUGCUGCCCAGUGGAGACCUCUUCAUCCACAGUGUGCAGGAGCACGAUAGUGGCAGCUACUUCUGCAGGGCCUCAAACACCCAUCUUCAAAGAUUUCUUACCUCGAGACGAGCAACACUCAGUGUUUUGGCCCCUCCAUCCGUCAAGCUAUGGCCCCAGGUAUUGACGGUGCCUUUGGGUGCUCAGGUGGUGCUGGAAUGUCAGGUGUCUGGCCACCCUUUACCGUCCAUCAGCUGGAUGAAAAGAGGCCACACCAAGCAGACAGGAGGCAAAAUUGCAUUGGGACAGAGAAAUGCCACUCUCUACAUCCAGUCAGUCCGGAGCUACGAUGAGGGGGUGUAUGUGUGCGAGGCAUCCAACACACUGGGACAAAGCCAUGGCACAGCACUCCUGAGAGUUGCUGUGAGCCCUUUAAUAGUGGUCUUUAAAGAUCAGGUGACCUACACGAUUGGGACUUUAGUGGUCCUGCCCUGCAGAGCAAUGGGGAUUCUCCCUAUCACAUACACCUGGACGAGGGGCAGAACAGAGCCACAGUCCCCUAUCAGUACCACCGAAGGCAGACACAUAGAUGAAGAUGGGUCCCUGCAUAUUUCCAGUGUGCAGUACUCUGAUGCAGGAGAGUAUUACUGCACUGCUGAGAACCGAGCAGGACGACAUCAGAAACGGAUGAUCCUCAUCAUCACAGAUCGACCUUCUGAUAGAGGGAGACGGACAAGACUGGUUUUGUCUGCUAGCACCAGCGAUAAUGAACAACGUCCAGCUUCCAAGUGGAGCGACUCAGUAGCCGAGCAGCGCUUUAAAACAACACGUUACCCACAUGUACAGGAAAAGCAUAAUGAGACAACAUGUACCAACCCAGUCAGUGCAACUACACUUCCAACAUUUUUAAGAAAAGCCGGGGCUGAGCUAGAUAUGCCAUUGAGGACCCUUGCCCAUGUUUUACAUCACCAUUUGAAACAGCCAACAACCAAUUCUACCCAGUCGUUACUCAGUCAGAUCAAGCCUCCUCUUCACCUGAACCUCCAAUCAGAAGCUCUACACACCCAAGUACCAAUGACCAUUAAACCACAUUUUAUUUCACACAGUGAACCAGCUGCAACACAGAGCCUGGCACCUGAAGUAACCAGUGGAGUGUUGGUCGAAACCCUUCAGCAUUCAUUCAGUGAAAGUCGAUCCCAUUUGAGACAAAUGCCAUCAAAAUUUCAGCAUUCAGCCAGUAACAAGUUGUUUAUAGUGCCCAGUUCUCAGGACCAUUCUGUGCCUCAAGUUAAUCAAAUUGCAGAGACAUCAGUAACUCAGCAACCAUCUCAGCUACGUGUUACUGGACCUUUUGGCUUUCUAAAAUUGGACCCCUUCAUGGCAACUCCAACACCAAAUCCUGUUACCCACGCUAAGAUGAGACACUCCGAUUCAGUCACCCUGACAGUUGCCUACAAAACAUCAUCAUUUCAGCCUUUGCAACCUUCACCAACCCUCUCACAAACAACUCAAACUGAUCCUCAACACUCCUCUACCUUAAGUUUUUUACCAAAGUUUCAUCUUGAGCUUUCUACAAUUCAGUAUAAUCUGCCUUCAACAGAACUUCCAUCUUCUUUAAUCCCCACGCCUCCAAUAUCCGAAAUUCAUCUUUCAACAACAACACCUUCAGCCAGUUCCAAACUUUCUCAAACCCAACCUGAAUCAUCUCCAACACAAAAUUCACAGCUUCCAUUCUCCACCAUCCGCCCUUCAGAUCAGUCACUCCAUCCUUCAUUGUUAGACGCUGAGGUAGUCCAACAGGUCAACAGGUCACAUUGGCUGAAUACUACUCAUGAAAGUCAUCCAGUUCAGCCAGAGCUCACAGACUGGUUGAAAAGGAACACUUCCCAGUCACCCAUGACUAGCAAUGAUCCCAGAGUGAAGCAGCAAUCACCAUCAUGGCUGCCUGUGCUGGAAAAACAUGACAUCCCCAUUGUGGUGGGAGUGGGUGUAUCUUUGGCUUUCAUCUUUAUCACUGUUACCUUCUAUUCUGUGGUACAAAAGAAUGAACCCGCACCAACAAGCCGAGCAGCUCAGAGGAAUUUAGGUGUUCCCAUACGACAUGCUGAACGUCGAGCAGCAGGACGUACGUAUGAAAACAGAGCGUUUGAAGAUGACGACUGUGUUGCAGUGAUUGAACAGAGCCCCAACACAUCAGAAACCAGAGCCAGACCCCCAGGGCCCAGCUUGGUUACGGUGCAGAUGGAGAGCACGUUUGAUGAACUACAAGAGGAUACCCAGCGCUCUCUGGACAACCACUCAGUCACUGUAGAGACGUACCCUGAGCCUAUUCUUGACAUCAAGACUGAUCCUUCUCUGGAGGAGGAGAAAGGGUGCAGUUUGUCCCAGCCCAGCAUUCAGGUGCACUGUACUGAGGAUUGGACCAGUAACAGAGGAGACAACCAAAGCCCAUGCCAGGACACGUUGCCUCCUCCCUCACCCUUAAUCUCCCGUUCUCCUUCCCCAUCACCACCAUCCAGGCGGGAGGAAAGCGUGCACUCUUCUUUAACACUGCAGAGUGCUGAGCCAUGCGUUGCACCUAUCCACCACAGUCUCAGCAUUUCACAUGGCAACCCUCCACUGUUGCUGUCUCACAACGUCUCUGUGGGCCUCACCACAGUAGCUGUUGAUGUCCAUUUUUACCCUGCAGCUACUGCUCCAAUGGCAGUAGGGACUAGUACUCACAUUAAUUCAGUUUCAAACUCCUCAGCAGUGACUGCACCUCUUUUUAGCCCCACGUUAGCUAACAGCCAGGAGAAUGAUCAGUCAGCUUCCAGGCUGCAUCAGUGUAAAUAGCUACAUUAUAGGACAAAUCAUCUUCAGUGCUGGCACACAUUAAGUGAAAUGGGAACAAAGCUUUGGCUAGCUUGAUGGUGUGGAGAUAGGAAUGCAUAGAUUACUAACGGGCUGUCUAGCUGAUCCAAAUCACAUUUAAGAGUGUUUUACACCAGUGGUGAUAAGCAGAAUAUUAUAUUUCUCUUGGAGUUCAUUUAGAGAUUUUUUCUGUGUGAAAAAAAAAAAAAAAAUGUGAAAAAAAGUGAUGCAGACCAGAGUCAAACACCUAUAGGUGUGAAAAUGCCGCAAGUGACAAAGUGAGGAAAGUUGCAGCAAAAGACAAAGUAAUAUGACACCUGAGUAAUUUGCAAAAGAACACAUUAUAAUAACUCAGUUCUCUUUGCCAUUAAGUAUGAAACUAGAACCAGCAGAAAGGCCAGCUAAACUUGCUAUAGAUAAUGAUGUGCCAUCAUCAGUAGUUGCUGAUGAAACCCCAGUUUAUCAGUUCACCUUACACAUCUGUGCAGUGUCACAGGUGCUAUUCGUAGCAAUUGUGCAAAACAGUUUUUUAUGUUUGUGCAAGGAUUUAACACACCUAGAUUAAAUCUGUUAAAUAUUGACGAGUAGAGGUAAGUGUUAGCAGAUUUCCCAGUUUCUAGUUGUCAUAACCAAACAGUGCUAAUGUUUUCUUGGCUUUAGCUGCAUACUUGAUGCAUGAGUGGAAUCCUCAUGCACACUUUUUGCCAAGGAAUACAAAUACAUUUCCCAAAAUGAAUGUAAAACAGCUGACUAAGGAAGCAAAUAUUCAGUAUUAGCAUUCACAUUGUUUUUCUUAAUAUAUGUAUUUAUUAGCUUUAGGGCACAAUUUAUGUGUUAUACUUAAUUGGCUACGUUUACUGUCAGGUUGUUUUGUUUUGUUCUUUAACCCUGAAAGAGAAAAUGUAUAUGUAGUAUGAAUUUAUCUGUUUUACAGGCCUAAAUGGAUGUAGGGUAGUUUGAGUAAAAAUACUGUAAUUUGUGUCUUUUUCUGUUAAACAGCCAAGGAUACAUGCUUUGCAAUUUUUUUGUGAUCCAGUCCUGCAAACCUGUUUUGGUUCAUGACUCAUCAUUAUGUUGAGGUUGACUGUUACACCUUUUUGAAACCAAAGGAUGGUAACUGGUAUGUCAGUGAACAUGUAGGCAGUACACCAAAAAUAGUUACACUGGAGGAGCACCUUCAUGCUGUUAAAAUGUU